UUCUGUGGGGAUUUUAGCCAUGGGCAGAAAAUAAAGCCGAGUUAUUAUGAGAAAGCAACACCAAAAAGUCUUCAUUUAUAUCUCACAUUGGCUUUCUGUUGUGACUUAGCUGCAAUUAUUUAUAUUUCUCAUUGCCUUCAAAACUAAAUCUCAAAUCCAACGCCAUUUUUCCACCUCCAAAGUCUUCUCCUCCAUUACCACCUCUCUUGCUCUGUGUCUAAAUCUUAGAAAAGCUGAAAAAGACAGAGAGGGUUCCGUUUUAUAUUGUAUAAAAACAAAUCCAUGAAUGUUCACUGGCGUCUGAUGAAGGAAAAGACUCACAUUCUUCCAUUCUUUACCACUCUCACUCUCAUUGGCUUCACCGCUGCCCAACACCACUCUUUUUCCAGCAAUGCUGACCCUAGAGACUUACGAACAACACAUAUUGAACAGAACCAGAGACAGCUUUUAUAUUACAGAGAGGAGCUUGAUGUAGAAGAUGAGUAUCUGAUGUUACCACCUUGCCUCAAAUUUGACAACCCACGACUCAGAAGUGCCUACAUUGCACUCCAAGCAUGGAAGCAAGCCAUCAUCUCGGAUCCCUUGAACCUCACAUCCAACUGGGCGGGACCUGAUGUUUGUAAUUAUACUGGUGUCUUCUGUGCCACAGCUCUUGAUAAUUCGUCGAUCCAAACCGUUGCUGGGAUUGAUCUAAAUCACGGCGACAUGGCAGGCCACUUGGUUGAAGAGCUUGGACUCCUGACAGACAUUGCCUUGUUUCACAUCAACUCCAACAGAUUCUGUGGGAGAGUACCGAAAACUCUCAAGAAACUAAAACUCCUCUACGAGUUGGAUCUAAGCAACAAUCGUUUUGCAGGCGGAUUUCCUGGCGUUGUUCUUGAUCUUCCAAAGCUCAAGUAUCUUGACCUUCGAUUUAAUGAGUUUGAAGGUGAUUUGCCGAAAGAGCUGUUUAAUAAGGAUCUCGACGCAAUAUUCGUAAACCACAACAGGUUUGCUCUUGAAUUACCUAAUAAUUUUGGUAACUCACCUGUUUCUGUUAUGGUUCUUGCGAAUAAUAAAUUUCAUGGAUGUUUUCCGACGAGUUUGGCUAACAUGUCUAAGACCCUAAAUGAAGUGAUUCUUAUGAACAAUGGCUUGCGCUCAUGUUUGCCCAAGGAGAUAGGAUUGCUAAAGAAAGUUACGGUUUUUGAUGCAAGUAAUAACAAACUCGUCGGCUCUUUGCCUGACACCAUCGGAGACAUGGAGAGUCUAGAACAGCUAAAUGUGGCGCAUAAUAUGCUGUCAGGAGAUAUCCAUGAUAGCGUGUGUUUGCUUCCACAUCUGAAGAGCUUUAGUUAUGCUUAUAACUUCAUCACUGGUGAGCCACAGGCAUGUUUGGAUUUGGAAGAUUUUGAUGAUAGCAGGAAUUGUUUCAGGGUAAGGCCUAAACAGAGAUCGACACUGCAAUGUAAAGUGUUCUUGUCUAGGCCAGUUCACUGUGAGGCUUUUAACUGUCACGAGAUUCAUCCUUCUCCACCAUCACAGCCGCCGCCACCCGUUACUUCACCUCCUCCACCGGUUUAUUCUCCACCACCACCACCACCACCACCACCUUCACUAGUUCCUCCAUCAGCACUUCCCUCACCUCCCCCUCCAUCAUCAAUGCCGCCACCACCCCCAAUACACUGUGUUCCAUCUCCACCAUCACCUCCACCACCUCCUCCCUUCUACUCACCUCCACUAUCCCCACCAAACUCACCUCCUAAUUCACCUCCGCCGCCACCUUUUUAUCAUUCACCACCUCCGCCAAACUCAUCUCCACCACCUCCUCCCUUCUACUCACCUCCACUACCCCCACCAAACUCACCUCCUAAUUCACCUCCGCCGCCACCUAUUUAUCAAUCACCACCUCCGCCAAACUCAUCUCCACCACCUCCCUCAUGUGCAGAACCUCCUCCACCUCCAUCACCACCGCCAUGCCAGGCGCAACCUCCUCCAAUUCAAUACUUGCCACCUCCUCCAGUUUAUAAUCCACCACCACUGCCAGCUCCAGUGUAUAAUGGUCCAUUGCCACCAAUUACUGGCAUAUCUUAUGCAUCUCCACCACCUCCAUCAAUCAGCUAAACUGACAAUUCUUUUGAUAGAUUUCUCCUUUCACCAGCCCUACAAAAUCACAAUUACUUCCCAUGUAUUCUUGGUAACAAGGGGCAAAGACCGGACCUAUGUUAUGGUAAUCAUUCAAGAAUUGUUUCACACCAUUCAACGCAGCAGAACUGAUAUUGAAAAAGACAUUUGGAGAUAGAAAAGAAAGGAAGGAAGAGAAGUGUGCGAGAAGAUUAAAGCUUCCCAUGCUCUUAUAAUUGAAUUGCCAUGCUUGUUUUUGAGUAGUUAAUAAGAGGAAAGAUGUAGAGAGAAAGACAGAUUAUAAUUACAGAUAUGAGAUUCAUCUUAGCAAUCUAUCUGUGUUUUUCAAUGGAAGGAUCUAUUGUCCACUUCAA